AUGCCCCUUCGGUUCCCCGAGCUCAGCACAAUUACCUUCUCGGGCCCGGAACGAAACGUCUACGCGGACGGCGGCGGGCGCAUGCUCUACUUUCUUACAACGUACAACAAGAAUAAGCAGUACGGCCACCGUCUGUCCUUUCUGGACGCCGCGGCAUCCGCUAAGCUCCUGUGGUUUAUACUCAUCCUGCGGCCGUUCACGAUUGAACUGCUCAAAGACGAGCUGGCGCAGUUCAAAGGCGACAUGUACCUGAGGCACGCAGAGGACACCGUGUAUGAGCAGGACGUGUUAGAGGCUGGCGGGGACAGCUCCGAAGACGAAAACGUCCCAGUGUUCAACCACGCCAGGCGGCUGACAGAGAGAGUCCAACUGCUGGCAGCGUCCAGCGGUGCUGCCACAGUGGGCGCGGCGGUCCUGAAGGAGUUUCUGUGGGUGGACAUCGAGCACCACAGACUGCUGGGCCUCAACCAGUUCAACACCGAGCUAAUGCGGCACCCGCGGAAGGGGACACGGCACGGCAUGACCAUCCGGCUGAUGCGGCAGGCGCUGGCCUCGCUGUGGAAGAACGCAGUGCACGAGGUCGGCAAGGUGGAGCUGCUCGCCAAGGGGUUCGGCCACAAUGCCCUUACCCACCUGAACAUCUACGGGUUCAACCGCGACUCGGACGUGAACUCGGGCGCCCAGGAGGACACAUUUGUCGAGGUCCGCAAUCUGAGCGCGCGGUUCAUGGCCGCGGUUGACCCCGAACGCCUGCAGCGGUACCGCAGCCACUUCACCACCCGGGCCAAGCGGCGCAGAAUUGAACACCAGCCCGGCCCUGUCUGCGGCGUCGAGGAGCUGUUUGCGGCGGGGAGGCGGUUCCUGAACUGCCCGGACUUCGACUUCCGCAAUCGCGACCAGCUGCUGUUCACCACAAACGUGCUGUUUUCGCGCUACCGCGCUCUGGGACUGCAGGCUGCUACUGCGUUCGCAAAGUCCCUGACCUUUUUGCUGCCCAUGAUGUUUCGGGCGGCGGAGAGACCCAACCAGUAUCUACAUUUUAUAGGUGUUCCAUACGAGGCGCUGAAGCGCGCAACAGUCAAGAAAGUGGCACAGACCGGGUUGCGGGUGGCGCUGGUCACAGAGCUGCUGAGACCAGCACCGCUCCAGUAUAUCCGCGACACAGACGUCUUUGUCGGGUGCUGGGAGACGUUUGCUGAGCCCCAGCUGGUUGCAUUGUUUCGAAACUGGGACAGCGUCGCAGGCAGUGCCAAGAAACUGGGCUACUUUGUGUUUGACGAGGCACACACGCUCUUUUUCGACUCGACAUACCGCCCUCAGCUUAACGAGGUGCGGGCGCUCGGGUGGGAGAACUGGGAAAAGGUCUUGUUUCUGUCCGCGACAAUGGACGCCGGUCUGUUCCAGACGAUUGCAGAGGACCGCAGGCUGCCCGACUACAUGAUCAGUCAGCGGUACUUCAUGAACGCCGUAAAGGAGGUGCCGAACGCGCAGAUGAGAGUUGAUUGCAUCUGGCGCAAGCGGAGCAUGAUAGUGGACGAUGUUCGGCGGUUGAUCCAUGCGUUCCUGACCGGCGUCGCAGAGGGCAAGGCCGUCUUCUUCUUUGGAAACAAGAAGACAAUGGCAAAGGCGUACCGGGGGUUCCGUUCCAACGAGAGGGUGGUCCAGGUGUCAGCGUCCGAAAGCGAGGAGCACAGGCGUAUGGUAUUUGAGAUGUUUGAGGAUGGCCGCUCUUUACAGCGCGUGAUCCUUGGAACAAAGCUGAUAUCGAACGGGCUGGACUGCCCGUCAGUGCGGUUCGUGUGUCUCGUCGAUUUCCGGAUGAACGCUGUGGACUAUCUGCAGAUGGUUGGGCGGAUCCGCGGGCACGGGUACAUCCGGGUGCUGUACAGCGGCACUGGCGGUGUGCCUCUCGAAACCACCUCGCGCGGGAGGAACUUCCCUCUACUGAAUUUCCGGGAGUGCAUCACAGAACAGAUCGCCCGGUACUACGGCCUGGAGGGCACUUCUCACGCGCGGUGCUGUGGCGAGGGCACGGACGAUGAGUGGACCAGAGAGAUCCGCGCCAGGCUGGACGCCGGAGGCACUCCCGAUGUGUCUGCGUCAGAGAGCGGAGGGGAGACGGACCCCGCGACGGUCGGACCGCUGGAAGAGAAGCUGCAGGGUCGGGGCUUUCUACACCUUGUCCUUGGCGCGGGAUACGAACAUGCGGUGCAGGGCGUGCUACUGGGCCUAAACGUCGUAGCAGUGCUGAGUUGGCGGUUCAACCCGUCGACCCGUCUGUGCCGCGAGUGCUGGGGCCUGCGGCACGAGUCCGAUCCCUGUCACCCGCUGAAGAGGGAGCUGUUGACGCUGUCCGCGGAGAUCCUGCUGGUGCUGUACGUGGCGCAGGAUAAAAAGUUCGAGGAGUUUGCUCGGUUACUCGAGCAGCGCGGGUCGUACGACUUCGUUCUGGACAUGCUGCAGGACGAGGGCCUGCUCCGGCGGUGGUUACUGGUGUUUGUCCAAAAGUGCAAACUGGGGUUCGGGAAUGUUGUGUUUAAAGAAGGGGCGGGGUGCUACACACUGGCCAGUUUCAGGCUGUUUUUUGCCUUCUUGCUGCACAAGAAGGUGAAUGUGGCCGUAUUGUUGAAGAAACAGGCAGUGGUAGCAUCUCCGGCGCUAUUCUCGAACCUCGACAACUACGUCGGGAAACUCUUCCACGACACGGCCACUGUCGCUGCACUGAGCGCAGGGGAACUGACACACCAGAAGGUGGAGGUGCUGGGCGCACUUGAGACGUGGGUGGGCAACAACCAGCGGGAAUGCCCCCAGCUGUACACUCUCAUUAAAGGGCGGGCGCACACCGGUGUGUUUGUUUCUUUGGUGUGGUCCGUGUUCGAGUUUGGGCUGACCCGGGUCCUGGGGCCAUGCAGCGUGGAUGCAACGGGGAUGCCGCAAUGGAGGCUGUUUCCUCUGUUCUUCCGCAACAUGGUGCGGACCGUGACUGUUGAGGGAGUCGAGCAGCCGCUUUUUGCUGCGGUUAUUGGACUGUGGUACCAGAGAGAGCAGCUGGCGCCAUAUAUGCGCGGGCACACCAGCUAG